AUGAAACCCAGAGUCACAAACUCACAUCAAUCAAACCAAAUAUAUCUAUCUAUCUAUCUAUCUAUCUAUCUAUCUAUUAAGAAACGGAUUAAUCCAACAGAAAUCUUAUUUCAAUUUAAACAUAAAAAACAUCUAUUCAUAAUAAAAAAAAUAAAACUCUAUCUAUCUAUCUAUCUAUCUAUCUAUCUAUCUAUCUAUCUAUCUAUCUAUCUAUCUAUAAAACACACAUCUAUCUAUCUAUGUAUCUAUCUAUUUCAGUAUGUUUAUUAUCUAUCUAUCUAUCUAUCUAUCUAUCUAUCUAUCUAUCUGUUGUUAACACUGUAUGUUUAUUUUUUAUCUAUCUAUCUAUCUAUCUAUCUAUCUAUCUAUCUCAUUAACUUAUGCGCAAAUACCGGCAUCUGUCUCUUCUUCCUCCAACUAUGGACCCCACCCCUAACUAAUCUAUCUAUCUAUCUAUCUAUCUAUCUAUCUAUCUGUCAAAAUUUGUUUUAUCUAUCUAUCUAUCUAUCUGUCAAAAUUUGUUUUAUCUAUCUAUCUAUCUAUCUAUCUAUCUAUCUAUCUAUCUAUCUUUCAAAAUUUGUUCUAUCUAUCUAUCUAUCUAUCUAUCUAUCUAUCUAUCUAUCUCAUCUAUCUAUUUAUCUCAGUGUGUUUUAUCUAUCUAUCUAUCUAUCUAUCUAUCUAUCUAUCUCUAUGUAUUUAUUUAUUUUUAUAUAUUUAUUUCUUUCUAUCUAUCUAUCUAUCUAUCUCAUUCUGUUCAUUAUCUACCUAUCUAUCUGUCAAAAUUUGUUUUAUCUAUCUAUCUAUCUAUCUAUCUAUCUAUCUAUCUAUCUAUCUAUCAGUCUGUACAGAUUUAUCUAUCUGUUUUUACAAAUCUAUCUAUCUAUCAGUCUGUACAAAUCUAUCUAUCUAUCUAUCUAUCUAUCUAUCUAUCUAUCUAUCUGUACAGAUCUAUCUAUCUAUCUAUCUAUCUAUCUAUCUAUCUAUCUAGACUCUGCUCCCAACUAUUGUCAAACAUUCAACCAUCGCCACGUCCUCUUCCCUGCCGCUAUCCCCAACCGACCGUUUUUUUUUAUUGCUUUCAUUUCGGUGUCGCUUGAUCAUAUGAGUUCUAUUCAUAUCUAUCUAUCUAUCUAUAAGUCUGUACAGAUCUAUCUAUCUAUCUAUCUAUCUAUCUAUCUAUCUAUCUAUCUAUCUAUCAGUCUUUACAGAUUUAUCUAUCUAUCUAUCUAUCUAUCUAUCUAUCUAUCUAUCUAUCUAUCUAUCAUCUAUCAGUCUGUACAGAUCUAUCUAUCUAUUAUUCAUCUAUCUAUCUAUUAUUAUCUAAAUCUAUCUAUAUCUAUCAGUCUGUACAGAUUUAUCUAUCUGUUUUUACAAAUCUAUCUAUCUAUCAGUCUACAGAUAUCUAUCUAUCUAUCUAUCUAUCUAUCUAUCUAUCUAUCUAUCUAUCUAUCUAUCUGUACAGAUUUAUCAUCUGUCUACACAAAUCUAUCUAUCUAUCUAUCUAUCUAUCUAUCUAUCUAUCUAUCUAUCUAUCUAUCUAUCUAUCUGUACAGAUUUAUCUAUCCAUUUUUACAAGUCUAUCUAUCUAUCUAUCUAUCUAUCAUCUAUUAUUAUCUAUCUAUCUAUCUAUCUAUUUACCAGUCUGUACAGAUUUAUCUAUCUCUCUUUACAAAUCUAUCUUUAUACAUCUCUCUCUCUCUAUCUAUCUAUCUACAUGCGUGUCAACCCGCACUAGAAGAUUAUCUAUCUAUCUAUCUAUCUAUCUAUCUAUCUAUCUAUCUAUCUAUCUAUCUAUGA